GUUUAUUUCUUUCGACUUCUUUAAAAUUAUAAGGUCAUAGCAACAGUAUAAACAUUUUAUUUCUUGUUAUUUACAUCGACCUAUGUUUGAAUAUCUAUGUUUUUUGUUUAUAUCCAAUGACGUGUCUAGUGGUAGGGGACUUUUGGAAUUGCUGGAGUGAAAUCUCGAUUCGUCUCCUCUCUCUCUCGGUUGCUCAGUUGUUCUUCAGUAAAAUGGCUGUCUGAUCGUUCGGUGCUUAGUGUUGUGAAGUGUUUAUUUUUAUGGGAUUUUUUGAUUGUCCUGUAUGAAAAUUGCAUGGAUUUUUUCGUGUACAUAUCCAGUGUUGUGUCGCGUUUUAUAAACUGUUGGUUCAACCCUAGGAUCCAUCUCUUUGUCUCAAAUAAGCAGCGAUUAUGCCAGAUUUGUAGUGGUAUCUCUCAUGACAGACUGUUUUCUUUUUUUAUCGACAGUCCGGCAGCAACCGCAAAGGACAACAACUACUGCGUGAAAUCGUAGAAAACGCGCAAGGU